ACAUUUCAUUGAUGUUUCAAACCAUUUUCUUUUAACCCAAGCAGAAAGAUGGUCUUCUUAUUUUUUCUAGUGUUGUUGAACUGAAAAUGAGACAAGAAUCUGCAGGAAGUUGAUUUUGGAUUGGCUAUACCAAUAGUAGCAGCAAUUGGGUGGUUUUUUCUAGGAAUAUUUACACAAAUAGCCAAUAGAUUCACUAUUUAUUUUUCAAGUGGAUAUAUAUAAAUUAUAUAUUAAUUAUUCACUGUCUAUAUCUAUAGGCUAUUUAUAGUUUAAACUGUUGGUGGCUGGUUUUUCAGCAACAAAACCAUAUUCCCCUUAGGUAAUGGGGAAAAAAUUUAACUAGUGGCCUCAAAGAAGGCCAUUUGUGCAAAUCCCUUCUUUAUAUCAAGAAUCCAAAUCCCUGAAGCCAUCAUUUCUCUCUAUUUCUGUUUUCUAUCAAAAGAAUUUAGCAUAACAUUGUAAAACAAGACAACAAGCAGAAAUUGGGAAAAAAGAAAUGUCGGAACCCCUCUUCGUUUCACACACUGUAGUUGCUUCUGUCAAGCUCAACCUUCAACUUCCAAAACCCAGAAACUGUAUAAUAAAACCAUGGAGGAAUUGCAGAUUCAAAACUAGUGCCACUGCUACUAAGUGUAAUGGCAAAGUGAAUAGAUGGUCCCUUAAUGGCAUGAAUGCCCUUGUAACUGGUGGCACUAGAGGCAUUGGGCAUGCAAUUGUGGAGGAAUUGUGUGGACUAGGAGCUACUGUGCAUACGUGUGCACGGAAUGAAGAUGAGCUCGGGACAUGUUUGAGGAGCUGGAAAGAUGAGGGCUUUGCAGUGUCUGGCUCCUUAUGUGAUGUGUCUUCUCAAGUUGAUCGCCAGAAGUUAAUGGAGGUUGUUUCUUCUACAUUCGACGGGAGGCUCAAUAUUCUUAUAAAUAACGUGGGGACCAAUAUCCGCAAAGCUAUGGUGGAUUUCACAGCUGAAGAGUUUUCCACCCUCAUUGCAACAAAUUUUGAAUCUGUCUUCCAUCUGUCUCAGCUUGCCUAUCCCCUUCUGAAAGUAUCUGGAGCUGGAAGUGUUGUGUUCACUUCUUCUGUCUCGGGUUUUGUCUCAUUGAAAUCUAUGUCUGUACAAGGAGCAACAAAAGGAGCAAUUAAUCAACUUACAAAAUAUUUGGCAUGUGAGUGGGCUAAAGACAACAUCAGGAGUAAUGCUGUUGCACCUUGGUACAUCAAAACAUCCAUGGUGGAGCAAGUGCUGAGUAACAAAGAGUAUUUACAAGAAGUAUAUGACCGGACUCCACUUGGGCGCCUGGGAGAGCCAUCCGAGGUUUCAUCUCUUGUGGGAUUCCUUUGUCUUCCUGCAUCUUCGUACAUCACUGGCCAGAUAAUCUGUGUUGACGGUGGAAUGUCUGUAAAUGGCUUUUACCCUCACCAUGGCUAGAGGAACAAUGCCUCUAGGUAUGGUAAUGUCGCAACAUUUCAGGAAAGUUUUGUCCAAACCCAUUAAUUUAUGCAUUGUUGACUGGACCUUCCAUUUGUAUUUGAAAAGUUUGUUGGAAGAUCAAUUUUUGACUGUUGGCUCAUUGACUAGUGUAGCUUAGGAAUUAAACUACGAUUUAGGUAAUCUUAACCUUAGUGCUCCUUCAUUUUGGCAAUAUGAGCAUUCAAACCAACUGGUUGAGCAUGCUAAAAGUAGUACUAUGUCAUUUCGUUCCGGGUUCCAAUUUUUCAAUGCAGUGCUGCUUCUGCAAUUUUAACUAGAUUUCUUCGUGUAAAAAGUAUAAUCUUGGCAUUCA